UCCAAGUCUUCUUAUCUCUCAAGUAGGGCUCUGAUUCACUAGCUACUUUAGUGGACAACGGAAUGGAGUCUUCAGACACUCUUCGGAACAAGUGCGCAGCAUGCUAUAGACAGUUCAACAAAAUGGAGCAUCUAGUGGAACACAUGAGGACAUCUUAUCACUCAGUUCAUGAACCCACAUGUGGAAUUUGCAAGAAACAUUGCCGAUCAUUUGAAUCUCUGAGGGAGCAUCUCAUAGGGCCAUUGCCAAAGGCAGAAUGUGAAAGGAUAUUCAAAGAACGAGGAUGCGACCUUUGCUUAACCACCCUUAGCAGCCGAAAUGCUCUUAGGGUCCACCGAGAGACAUGCCAACUCUCACGUCCAAGCCCUGGCCUACUUUAUCGCAUGGCUAACUUAGGCAUCUAUGAUGACUUGAAGAUUGACAACAGUAGAACAAAGGUUGCUGCACUUGCUUGCAAAAUGGUUGGUGGUGGCAGUGAUGGCACCUUAGAUCUUUGUGCAAGGGUUUCCCUAAUUGAUGAAUAUGAGAACAUCAUCUUUCACACCUAUGUCAAGCCUCAUCUUCCUGUCACGAACUAUAGGUAUGAGACAACAGGCGUACGACCAGAAUUCUUAAGAGAUGCUAUACCACUGAGGCAAGCAUCAAGGAAGAUCCAAGAUUUUUUAUGCAAUGGUGAACCAUUAUGGAAAAUCCGAUCUAGAGGUGGAAAAGCAACAAUUCUCAUAGGUCAUGGCUUGGAUCACGAUCUUAAAUGCUUAGAAGUGGAGUACCCAGCAAUAAUGAUCAGGGACACAGCGAAAUAUCCUCCACUGAUGAAAACAAGCAAACUCAGCAACUCUCUGAAGUACCUAACAAAAGCAUACCUCGGGUAUGACAUUCAAACUGGUAUACAAGAUCCUUAUGAUGACUGUGUAGCUACAAUGAGGCUUUACAUGAGAAUGAGGUCCCAAGUUCAUAAACUGGAGGACUACCCACUUGCUACUGACCCACAGAACCGUAACAAUUUUGCACAAUGGAGGCAAAGCGAACUUGAGAGAAUGAAUCCAGAGGAAAUGUUGGAAAUCUCAAGGUCUGAUUUCUAUUGUUGGUGCUUGGACUCUAAAGAAAGUUUCUGAAUAUUGAAGAAGACUAACAUGUUCUAGGAGGCAGACAUAAAAUAGUGAGUCUAAAACUCCACGAGUGAGCAAACCUAUAAUUAUGAAACAAUAAACAUGGAAAUGUAGCUCAUUUCCAUUAUGUAUUAACUAUGUGAAACAAAAUCCAUGUACCUUGUUGUGAUAUUGUAUGUGACUUUAUAAUGAAUAAUUUACCUUCACUUACUGAAGGUAUCUAAUAACAUUCUAUGAGCCGUUUAUGGA